AUGAAAUUACAAAGGAAAGUACACAAUCAAGGUCGCGAUUUGAAAAAGAUACGUACUAGUAGAAGUGAAUUAAUGGCACGUGUAGCAUGGUUAUUUUUAUCAAAAAAAGUGGGUAUAGCGAAAUGCAGUGUAGCACGUAUCAGAAUCGCUGUUUCAACUAGGAAUUCCUCCACCCUAUCAGAUAGAGCAUCACCACCAUGUAGAAACGUUCGUUGCGGAAAUAGUGUAGUGGUAGUGGCAGAAAUUUUGAAGAUUAUAUCACAUCUGUUCCUUAGAAACUUUGGAUGGCAAAGAUUCUUCGUUCGUUCAAUUCUGUUCUGGUCUCUUAUUUUUGUGGCCCUAUCCGUGCCAAACUUUGGUCCCCUCCUAGAUCUGAUUGGGGCAUCCACAAUGUCACUAAUGACGCUGAUCAUGCCAAGCAUAUUUUACUUAUAUCUAAAUGCAUCAAAGAUGAAGAGGGAAAUAAUGCUAAAGAAUAAGAAAAAUAUAAAAGAGGACUCAGAUGAAGUUAGAGCCAAUUUCUCGGAGCUAUUCAUCUAUCUACCAAGACGAAUGUUGGUAGUUAACUGCAUUUCUCUCACUUUCGGAAUUGUGGGUGGUGUUGUGGCUACAGUAUUUUCAAUAAUAAAAAUGAUGGGUGCAGAUGUGGCACCGCCAUGCUAUGUUCAGUAUUUUAGAGAAGGUAGAUUUACUCUUGAACUUAGACGUCUUCCAUUUGUAUCUACUAUCUCAGGAAGUGUAAAUUGUUGUGGAGCAUUUCAUAACAUUACUGUAUCUGGAAUUGAUCCAAGAGGCUUCUGCGCAGUUUACUAG